GAAUAGACUAAGAAUUUUGAACUUUUUUUGCUAAAUUUUCAUCAAUUCCGAAUCAAUCGAAACCGGAAGUAUAUUUGUCCUGUUGUGGCCUCUGAUUGGAUAAAAGUCAACUUGGUCAUUCGACGCCAUGUUGGAAGUUUGCUUUUGUGUUGUGUGAAUACAGACGGAAAUCUCUCAGCUAUCACUUUGUUUUUUGUCUUGAUGCUUCCAUUCACGGAAUAGAUUCUGAGUGUUUGAAUGGCUUCCUCUCGCGCAGAUGACUGGGAUGUAAGGCGCUGCUGGGUAUGUUUUGCUACUGAAGAAGAUGAACCUUGGUCACAAUGGGUUCGGCCUUGCCGUUGCCGUGGGACAACAAAGUGGGUUCAUCAGAUUUGUCUGCAGCGCUGGAUUGAUGAAAAACAAGCUGGAAGUUCAACAACUAAGGUGUCAUGCCCACAGUGCAAUGCUGAAUAUAUCAUUGUCUUUCCUCCAUUAGGAGUUUUGCUUCAAACUGUGGAGUUCUUGGACAAACUCAUCCACAAAUUCUGCCCUAUUGCUGCAGCAGGGGUUGUUGUGGGGUCAUUGUAUUGGUCAGCAGUCACUUAUGGAGCAGUGACAGUAAUGCAGGUCUUGGGCCACAAAGAAGGACUUGAAGUUAUGGAGAAAGCAGACCCCUUGUUUUUAUUUGUUGGACUUCCAACUAUACCAUUGGCACUUAUACUUGGAAAAAUGGUUCGUUGGGAAGAUCAUGUGUUGAGGCUGUGGAGACGCCAUGUCAGCAAGAUGUCAUUUCUCAGUCUUUUUCUGCCUCGCUUAGCGGGGGGUUUUGCCACACGAACACCAGCUGAACCCACACCACUAUCUGACCCAGUGUCCCUGACAAGGUUGCUCUGUGGAGCUCUGAUACUGCCAACAAUUUCCACGCUUAUUGGCAAACUGUGUUUUGGCUUUGUUCAUUCAAGUCUUCAUCGAGCCCUUCUGGGUGGUAUCAGCUUUGUAGCAGUGAAAGGAGUUGUCAGGAUUUACUACAAACAACAGCAGUAUGUCAGGCAAGCCCAGAGAAUAGUCAAAAACUAUGUUGAAGAGUGAACAUGCUGGCUGGCUGCUGUCUGCAGUUCAUCGCAUAGUAAUCUAUGUGAAUGUAUAAUAGCAGUUGUCACACAGUUAAAUAUAAUGUCCAAGACUAUGUCUAUUAAGAAAAGUUUUCCUGCGGAUUAUCUUUUCGAUGAAUUCAAAUUCAAGUUUGAAAUGUGCGUUUGGAUUUCGAAUUUUAGUUGCUGGGGUUUUAUUAUUAGCUGGAUUAACACUGAGCAAGUUUAUUAGUUUCUAUUGUCAGUGUUGCGUCGGCAGAAAAGUGAAAUACUUAUGUAAUUAUCAACUGGUAUAUUAACUUCGACAUAGCUACAGCUCAUGUUACGAACGUACAGUCUGUGUGUUCUAAACCCUCGGAUGACACACCUAAAAUCAGCUUUUCAAACACGCUCUGGCGGUUAAUUUAUCUUUAUUAAGUGAUAAACAUUCUCAUUAGCUUGAGAAUGAUUAGCUAUGCAGGUAAGGUAACCUUCUUUAUUAAUUUUACACAUCAGUUUAAAACCGAAUUAAAUUUGUUAGUUAGGAAGUAAUAAUGAUUGUAGUUUUCAUAGCCAUUGAAGAGGAACAGUAUUACUUGCAACUCGAACUUGAACUCACUCCUGUGACUUCUCUUUCUGCUGCUUGGCUGCAAAGGACUGGGUCCAUGGUAUUAAUCUACCUUCAUCAGGGAAUACAACCCCUUGGUGAAAGAUAUUCUGAUACACUUAGCCUGUAAGAAGAAUUUUCCAUAGCUGGGUUUUGUACAAGUGGAAGGAAUAGCGUUUUUUACACAUACUUCUGUCACGUCAUCGUUAGUCGCGUCACAAAAAGGUCAUAAUUUUUUUUGUGGUUAGACACCAUCAUCCGUCAGCAUGCAGCAUGUCUCUCAUUUCAUAUCCUUUACUCGGACAAGGGUCAGGGAAUGUCUACAGGCAGGUCACCAUCAGUAUAGUAUGUCUGACAGCCCUGAGCCAAAUCGAUGUUUGCCAAAACUGUUUUUAGCGUUUUACGUUUAGAACUAUUUUCGCUUGAGUGUCGAACGAGAUCAAAACCAAACGAAGAUCAAAACCAAUCAUGACUCGCUUGGACACAUUUUUCCUCGCUUCGCCCCGACUGCAAGUAUUUGCUGUAUUUAUUUCGAAUAUUUGUUCCCUGGUUUGUCUGUCUCCUGUUUCAUUGGCAUUGAGUGAGUUUUACGACACUCAAUUGAAAACUGCCCUAAAGGUUAUUUUGUAUCCCUAAAAUUAUUUUGGACAUAAGAGUUACUCAGGGUUCUGUACCAGUAACCCUCACAAAGGUUAAUUUUAAUUUUCUAACACUUGAACGUUCAAACCUCAAUAGCUUGGAAAGUGUGUCAAAUGAGUAAUGUUUGAAUUUUUUCUUACUCCAAGUUUUAGCAGUUCAGUUUGCAGACGGCUUCUUUUGCUACAAAUGGCGGCAGCAUAAAACGCGACCGUUUGUUGAGUUUUGAACUUCAGAGUGACAGUGUAAUGGGAAAUAGCUUAGACAGGCGUAAGAUUUCACAUCGCAGUAUCAUUCCAGGGCAAACUUUCACUUCGAAAGUUUUCGGACUUACAUUGACGUCCGAAAGUUGCACCUGAGAUUUUAAACAUACAUGAACAAUUUCAAUUAGUUUUUUAUUGUAUUGUAUUGUAGAAUUGUUUGACAAAGUAGCAAUAAAUUGCUUAUUUACCAUUGUGA